AUGGAAUACAAUAUUCCAACAAUUUUUGAGCCAGUUCCUCAGGCUGAACUUGGAAAGCUAAGUUCAUUGCAACCUGACAAAGGAAAGGUUGCCAUUCAUGUUGAUUGCAGUCCAACCGCAGCACCAAUGUUUGAGGGCAGAGGGGGUGAGGAGUUGUCCACGGAACUCUCAGUUGCUCUUCAGCAUUGUCUCUUGGAUGCUAAAAGCCUAAAAGUGGAGCUGUCUAGAGAGCUGACUGUUAACAGGAAAGGGCAUAUUUGUGGGCUGACUAAACGAGGUGGUGCAGGCCUGGAUCCAAGCGUCAUUCUUGAUAUGAUGUCUGUGGUAGAACAUGUAAGUGAGCAGCUAAUAAACAAAUUGGAUUCUGAGAUAGCUGCUGCUGAAGCUGGGGAAGAAGAAUCAUGA